UCAGUAUCUACCGGUAUUAUAUUUGUUUUCUUUACAUAUAAGUAUCCUGUAGGGACCCUCUUUAACGUUCCUGUGUAACUAGUUUUUUUUACCCGUAGUGUACCUCUCUGGACACGGUGUCAGCUAUAGUACGUAUUGGUCAGUUCUUUUCUAUUGUUUGAUUACUUUAUUUAAACUGCCGCAUUGCAGACCUGGCAGACAGUGGCCACGUUUUCCCCAUGACAGGUAUGAGCAGCUAAGGUUUUGAAUAACCCUUUCUCCUAUUAGGGGUCCCUAUCCAGUUUCUGGCAGUCCAUCGCCGUGGUUAUACCUGUCCGCCACUGUCUCACGCCAUGCCAUAUCUAUCCACUACUCUUCUACAUGCCUGUGACGAAGACUAUGGACAUCAGAAAACUUAAAUAUCUUAUUGUUUAUAAUAUGUAUAUUUGUUUGGUUUUAUUUUAUAUAAAAAUUGUAAAUAUAAAAUGAAUUCUGUUGUGUUUGACUGAACAGUAACGACGGCUGUCGUGACAAAUGGUGUCAGAAGUGGGAUAGCUGUUCAGUCAACACAUUUUUUUGUAGUUUAUUUUGGAUAUUGUUCUUAAGAAUUUAUACUUCUGUUAUAUUUUUCAGUGGAAUGGCAGAUUUUUUUAUGGCGUUGAUAUAUGGAAGGGCCCCGAACGGAGAAAGGUUGCUCAGGUUGUGUAUAUUAAAUAACUCUCGAGUGUUGAGAGGUCAGGUAUAUUGAUACUAGAAGCAUUGUUUUUAUUUACGCUUUUUCUUUUGUAAGAUUAUUUUGUUGAUCGUUGUGUUAAUUAGCGUAGUUAAGAUGGAGUCGCCAACACUACAGGAGCUAACAGAACACGGGAGAAAGAUGGAGUUGAAGGGGACAGACCUUCAGAAAUUCAUCAUAGAUCAGCAGACUCAUUAUCGGGAGUUGAGAGCAGCAGAGAGAUCUAAGGAGAAAGAGGAGAGAGAGUAUCAGCUGAAGAGAGAAGAACUGGAUUUGGAGAGGAUGAAGUUAGCGGAAGCUAAAGGUAUUGCUGAAGCUGAAAGUAAGUACAAAGAGACGUUACUUAAGCUUGAACAACAGUUACAAGAAACUAAAGCUGAUAUUUCUAGUAAUGCUUCUGCUAAAGUGCCUAAAAUGCCUUUCUUUGAAGAAACAAAAGAUGAUAUUGAUUCAUAUUUACGUCGUUUUGAGCGUUAUGCUACAGCACAGAAGUGGAGCGGCGAAACGUGGGCGGUAAACCUUAGUGCGUUGCUACGGGGAAGAGCGUUGGACGUAUACUCUCUUCUGCCACAAGAGAGGGCCCUAGACUAUGCAACCCUGAAGGCAGCUCUGUUGAAACGUUUCGAGAAAACCGAGGAUGGGUUUAGACAGCAUUUUCGCAGAUGUCGCCCAGAGAGAGGUGAGACGUUUACCCAGUUUUCUGUUAGAUUAGCGAGCUAUCUCGACAGAUGGAUAGAAAUUGGGAAAGUGAACAAGACCUUUCAAGGACUAUAUGACUUAGUACUUCGUGAUCAAUUUCUAUCAGUAUGCAACAAAGACUUGAUUUUGUUUCUUAAAGAACGCAUUCCCAAUAAUAUUCAAGAUAUGUGUGCUUUGGCUGAUCAAUAUAAGGAGGCAAGAUGUGCUAACAUUCAAACCUUAGUCAAUUCUAGCAGAAAGGACACAUCAGUUGAUUCUCAGAAUUCUAGCCAAUCCAGACCUCAGGUUCAGCGAGAUCAGAAGGAAACUGCAGGGAACCCCAAAGAUCAACCACCCAAAGCAAGGAUGGAUAUUACGUGCUACAAGUGUAAAAAACCAGGCCACUUCUCAUAUCAGUGUUCAAAGGGACGGAAUUCUGUUGGGAUGGCAGUCGACGGGAAAGGAUCUUCGGAUUACAGUAAUCCAGGCAAGUGCGCUGCAUUUACUACAGUAACUACUACCUCAUCCGUAUCCGCAGCAAACAAUUUUAGUAUACUGAACACUUCUUGUAACGCUAGUGCAUCUGUAGGUAGCUUGCCUACAAGUGAUGGUAUACUUAAUGAACAUUUUGUGAAAGUGUUGAGAGACACGGGGUGUAAUGGGGUUGUUGUUCGUCAAGCGUUAGUUCCAGAGGAGCAACUGACAGGGAACAAGCGGCUUUGUAUCCUUGCAGAUGGAUCGCAGAUUGAGGCACCUAUAGCUCGUGUGAGUAUUGAUACGCCAUAUUUUGUGGGUGAAGUUGAUGCUUGGUGUUUGAAAAAUCCUCUAUUUGAGCUUAUAAUAGGAAACAUCCCAAAAGCCAGAGACCCAUCUGAUCCAGAUCGAAACUGGAAGCCGAUUCAGGUGAAUGCGGUGAUGACGCGUCAGCAGGCGAAGCGGGAAGGUAAGAAGGACAAACCUCUUCAUGUACCUGACAUAAUUGGUCCAGAACUUGCGUUUAGUCCAGAUGACGUCAUCAGAGAUCAAGGUGAAGAUGAAUCGUUGCACAAGAUAAGGCAGCUAGCUGAACAACCUGCAGACGAAAGCAGCAAAGUCCGAUUCUUCCGGAAAAACGGUAUUCUUUAUCGAUCUUUUCAAUCACCUACAGUUGAAAAUAAUAAGAAAAUUUCUCAACUUAUUGUACCAAAACCUUUGAGAAACAAAGUAAUGUCUCUUGCACACGAUUCAUUAAUGACUGGACAUUUAGGCUCAAGUAGGACAGCUUAUAAAGUUAUGUCUGAAUUCUAUUGGCCUGGGGUGCAGGCAGAUGUGCGUCGGUAUUGCAGAUCGUGUGACAUUUGUCAGAGAACGACUCCCAAAGGAAGGACAACAAAGGUUCCUCUAGGUGAAAUGCCGAUUAUCGACGUCCCUUUUCAACGUGUAGCAGUGGACUUGAUAGGACCGAUACAGCCAGCUACGGACCGGGGCAAUCGCUACAUUUUGACGCUGGUGGACUUUGCUACUCGUUAUCCGGAAGCUGUAGCACUUAAAGGUAUAGAGACAGAGAAAGUUGCUGAAGCUUUGAUUGAUAUAUUUUGUAGAAUUGGAGUUCCGAAAGAAAUGCUUACGGACCAGGGUACGCAAUUUACGUCAGAGCUGAUGGCAGAGACGAGUCGCCUUCUUUCUUUUAGGCAGCUUACGACUACACCUUACCACCCGAUGUGCAAUGGUCUUGUUGAACGCUUCAAUGGGACGCUGAAACAGAUUCUACGGCGUUUAUGUGCAGAGCGACCGAAGGAUUGGGACAAGUAUUUAUCAGCAGCUUUAUUUGCAUACCGUGACGCUACUCAAGAAAGUUUAGGUUUCUCGCCUUUUGAACUGGUGUAUGGACGAACAGUGAGAGGACCGAUGAGAAUUUUGCGUGAACUCUGGACUAAAGAGGUAAAUGAUCCUGAAGUUCGUACUACUUAUCAAUACAUUGUAGAUCUCAAAGAGCGGCUCGAGUCAACAUGCACGAUGGCCAAGGAGAACCUGGAAAAGGCAACACAACGGUACCGCGUCAACUACAACAAACGUGCGAAGAAGAGAGAUAUGAAAGUGGGUGAAAAGAGACAAUGAGAAUGAUGCAGGUGUUUUAGGAAUUGCAGGAGUUGCAGUCGUAGAUCUUGCUGACGACGAAGACGAUGGUGAAGAUGAGCUGUGUGAUUCUCCGGGACAGGAAAGAACAGAAGGUGCUAGGGAAGUUACAGUAAGUGAUGAACUCUCUGAAGAAGAAAAGACUGAAAUACGAACAUUACUUGACGAUUUUGAAGAUGUUUUAUCAGAUGUUCCUGGUGUGACGACUUUGGGAGUCCACGACAUCAAGUUGACGACAAAUGAACCAGUUCGUACGAAACCAUAUCCUCUUCCUUUCGUUUCCCGGGAUACCGUGUGUGAAGAAGUGCGGAAGAUGAUAGAAGCAGGCGUAAUUGAACCGUCGUCAAGUCCAUAUUGUUCACCCAUAGUUAUUGUGAAGAAGAAGGACGGGACUAAUAGAUUCUGUAUUGACUUUCGUGCAAUCAAUAAAAUCACUGUUUUUGAUGCUGAAACAAUCCCUAACGCUGAUGACAUUUUUGUUCAAUUGUCAGGUUGUAGAUAUGUGUCUAAAUUCGAUCUUUCUAAGGGCUACUGGCAGUUACCAUUGGGGCAAUCUUCGAAGGAGAUCACAGCGUUCCAGACUCCGAUGGGUUUGUACCAAUUUUCAGUGAUGCCGUUCGGGUUAGUCAAUGCGUCUGCUAGUUUUAGUCGCCUUAUGAGAAAACUUCUUGAAGGGAUGCAAUGUGUUGAUAACUUUAUUGACGAUGUCAUUGUUUUUACUCGUACGUUCCGAGAGCAUGUUUGUGUUACGAAAGACUUUUUACAGAGACUUCGUGCUGCGAACCUUACUGUUAAACCUAGCAAAUGUUUCAUAGGAUAUAAAAGUCUUGAGUGUCUUGGGCAUAUUGCAGGAAACGAGGAACUUCGACCACUUCCGGACAAAGUGUCAGCUAUUUCGAAUUUCGCAAGACCUUCUACAAAGAAGCAAGUACGUUCUUUUCUCGGUCUGGUAGGAUUCUAUCGCAAGUUCAUACCAAACUUUUCUGCUGUGGCAGCACCACUGACAGAUCUUACCAAGAAGGGCCUAUCAAACAAGGUGUUGUGGGGUGAAGCACAGGAGAACGCCUUUACAGCCCUCAAAUCGGCGCUUAUGGUAACGCCUGUUUUGAAAUUGCCAAAUUUGAAUGAAACGUUUAUUUUACAGACAGACGCUUCUGAUUUGGGAGUUGGCGCAGUGUUACUUCAGUACGAGGAUGGUGUAAAGAAGCCGGUCGCGUAUGCCAGCAAGAAACUUACUAAAGGGCAAGUCAACUACUCCACGAUAGAGAAAGAGUGCUUGGCGAUAGUAUGGUCAGUGCAAAAGUUCCUGCGAUAUCUAUAUGGAAGGGAGUUUCUUUUAGAAACAGAUCAUCAACCGUUAGUAUACUUGACACAAGCUAAAGUAUCCAAUGCUCGAUUGAUGCGAUGGGCAUUAUUAUUACAACCUUAUAGAUUUCGAAUUAUAUCUAUUAAGGGCUCAGAUAAUGUUGGAGCCGACUGUCUAAGUCGUUUGUAAAUAUAUUUUUUGUAGAUCUUUGCAUAAGUAUUUUUGAAUUUUAUUUUUGUUUUAAAAGUUCUUCGAACUUUUUUUUGUUUGGGGAGGUGUUGUCACAAAUCAGUAUCUACCGGUAUUAUAUUUGUUUUCUUUACAUAUAAGUAUCCUGUAGGGACCCUCUUUAACGUUCCUGUGUAACUAGUUUUUUUUACCCGUAGUGUACCUCUCUGGACACGGUGUCAGCUAUAGUACGUAUUGGUCAGUUCUUUUCUAUUGUUUGAUUACUUUAUUUAAACUGCCGCAUUGCAGACCUGGCAGACAGUGGCCACGUUUUCCCCAUGACAGGUAUGAGCAGCUAAGGUUUUGAAUAACCCUUUCUCCUAUUAGGGGUCCCUAUCCAGUUUCUGGCAGUCCAUCGCCGUGGUUAUACCUGUCCGCCACUGUCUCACGCCAUGCCAUAUCUAUCCACUACUCUUCUACAUGCCUGUGACGAAGACUAUGGACAUCAGAAAACUUAAAUAUCUUAUUGUUUAUAAUAUGUAUAUUUGUUUGGUUUUAUUUUAUAUAAAAAUUGUAAAUAUAAAAUGAAUUCUGUUGUGUU